UCCGCCGCCGCGCACGCGCCCGCCCGAGCCCCGCGACGCCGCGACACCGCUAUAUACCGCCGCACGGUCCACUCACACGCAGUCUCUCGCGCGCCUCGACAUCCGACUAUCCUUUCACAUUCUUUUUUUCAAAUUUAACUCGGCUUUCCUUUUUUUAAUCAGUGAACAAGUGCAAUGGCGAAUCAAGAGUGGGGUUACACGCACGAAAACGGCCCAUCAACAUGGAUCGAGAAGUUCCCGGAAGCCCGAGGCGCGCGGCAGAGCCCGGUGGACAUCGACACGACGCGCGCCUGCAACCGCGGGUGCGCGCCGCCGCUGGAGUGGCAGUACUCCGUCAACCACCCCCGCUCCGUCGUCAACCCGGGGUACUGCUGGAGAGUCGAUGAAAAUGGCUAUAAUUCAGAACUCCGCGGCGGUCCACUUGGCAACGACGUAUACAAGCUACAGCAGUGGCAUUGCCACUGGGGGGCGAGGGACGGGGAGGGCUCUGAACACACUGUCGACGGCAAGGCAUACUCCGGAGAGCUGCAUUUAGUACACUGGAACACCACCAAGUACCACAGCUUCGGAGAGGCGGCGGGACAGCCUGAUGGAUUAGCUGUGCUUGGCGUUUUACUGACGGUUGGCGCCAGUCACCCCGAGCUGGAGAAGGUGGUCCGGCUGCUGCCGUUCAUCCAGCACAAGGGCGACAAGGUGACGAUGUCGCAGCCGCUGGACCCCGCCAACCUGCUGCCCGCCAACCCCGGCUACUGGACCUACCCCGGCUCCCUCACCACGCCGCCAUGCACCGAGUCCGUCACUUGGAUACUGUUUAAGCAGCCCGUUGAGGUGUCCGGCGAACAGUUGGCGCUGAUGAGAAAGCUCCGAUGCGGCGAGGCAUCCUGCGGAGAGGAGGCCAUGGAACUCCUCCACAACUACCGCCCCACCCUACCCCUCGGCAACCGCGAGCUCAGAGACUAUGGUGGCAACUAACACCUUACAUUAAGACCUUACACUAAGAGAAAUAGUGUAUACAGUCCAACACCAUUCACCACAUAGAAAGGUGUAUACAGAGCGAUGUAAUGCAAACACCCUGUAUGUUGGAGAAACUCUGUGAAAAUGCCGUUAACACCCUGUAUAAUAUAAUAGCUUCAGUAUAUCUACAAUGCAGCAACGAAUACUUAAAACUGCUGUUAACACGAUGUUUCCGAAAUAAAUAUGUACUGUACAGGGCAUAAAUGAACAGUAAACAACCUAAGUAACCAGUAUGUUGAAGAAAUGGCCCGUAUGCGAUGUGCAAAAUACGUAUAAAAUAGCAGCUACUAACACUGUAGGCUAAGACCAUCGUCCCCUGAAGAUCAUAGUACUCUGAGGAUAAUGACACACAGUGUGAAAACUCUGUACACUUAGCAUGAAGCAUGGAAAGGAUACAUCAUACAGGGUGUCUAAAACAAGUACAGACACAGUGGAAAGCAACCCUAUGCAUACAGGGUGAUCACCAACGCGCUGAAA